ACCAGCCGACCGAUGUAACUCUGAAACUCCCACUCUCCAACCAGAAAAACCAUGGCGAGUAGCACAUGUAUUCCCUCCACUUUCACACCUAUUCUACACAACUUAACCGCCAGAAACUCCAUAACAAUGGUGGGUUUGCUCUCUCAUGCUCCCAAAAUCCUCAGGCCUCUCUCUCUCCCCAAAAGCCUCGGUUUCAGCUCACUUUCCACCGCCACAAAACCCCCCAGAAAAUUCUUCCAUUUGCAAGGUUGAGCUUGUCAGAAUGAAUCUUUUUCACUUAUAAUAUGCCUAAAUUUUGGUCAGUGAGAUCAGUGGCCACUCCAGCAGAAGCUGUUGCCGGGUUUGAUGACAUGGUUGCUGGGACUCAGAGAAAGUAUUACAUGUUAGGUGGGAAGGGCGGUGUAGGGAAGACAAGUUGUGCUGCAUCACUUGCCGUAAAAUUCGCUAACAAUGGGCAUCCCACUCUUGUGGUUUCCACUGAUCCAGCACAUUCCUUGAGUGAUUCCUUUGCUCAGGAUUUGGCUGGAGGAACACUUGUACCAGUUGAUGGGCCUGAAGCUCCGCUUUUUGCUCUUGAGAUAAACCCUGAGAAGGCAAGGGAAGAAUUCCGUAAUGUAAGUCAGAAAAAUGGUGGAACAGGAGUCAAAGAUUUCAUGGAUGGUAUGGGCCUUGGGAUGCUUUCGGAACAGUUAGGAGAAUUAAAACUGGGAGAAUUACUAGACACGCCUCCUCCUGGUUUGGAUGAAGCUAUUGCAAUUUCCAAGGUGAUACAAUUUCUUGAAUCCCCGGAAUAUAGCAUGUUUACUCGUAUAGUUUUUGAUACUGCACCCACGGGUCACACAUUGCGGCUUUUGUCCUUGCCAGACUUUUUGGAUGCAUCAAUUGGUAAAAUAUUGAAGCUUAAACAAAAGAUAUCAUCAGCCACCUCAGCGAUCAAAUCUGUUUUUGGGCAAGAGCAACCCCAAUUGGGCGCGGCUGACAAAUUAGAGAAACUAAGGGAGAGGAUGAUUAAAGUCCGUGAACUUUUUCGUGACACUGAGUCAACAGAGUUUGUCAUAGUAACAAUACCGACGGUGAUGGCCGUUAGUGAGUCAUCUAGAUUGCAUGCCUCUCUGAAGAAGGAAAGUGUUCCGGUUACUCGACUUAUAGUUAAUCAGAUUCUUCCCCCUUCUGCCUCGGACUGCAAAUUUUGUUCAAUUAAAAGAAAGGAUCAAAUGCGUGCUCUUGAUAUGAUCCGGAGCGAUACAGAGCUAUCCGGCUUGACAGUGAUCCAGGCUCCACUAGUUGAUGUGGAGAUCAGAGGCGUUCCUGCCCUUAGAUUUCUGGGAGACAUAAUUUGGAAAUGAACAUCUUUUUGCACAGAACAGGAGUACAGUUAAUGAUAAAAGAAAUAACCAUUUUUGUUUAACCAUUCAUUUAUCCGAUAGCAUUCGGUAUCUCCAACAAUCCGAAAAACGGGUUGAUUCGUUUGAAUGUUUUCGUUUGGGGACAUUAGUUGCUGUUAUGUUCCUCGUCUGUAAUGGUGUGGCAUCCCAUUUGGAUAAAGUUUGCUUUAUCAGUUGGAUGCGAUUUAGUGUGGUUCGAGGAACCUCCCGGUAUUCAGUUCUGUAAUGUGAGGAGCUUUCACAUUCUAAAAUGUUUAGACAAAGUAAUGAAGAAAAGGAUUAUAAAAAAAA